AUGUUCAAUCAGUUUUCUAAACUCCAAUUUUUCAGGGAGUUGGCAUUUCAAAUUGGAGAACAAUUCCAAGUUUUGGGGAAAGUCAUUAAUCUGCGCGUGACUGUGAUUACAGGAGGACUGAAUAUGACAAACCAGGGUCUGAAGUUGACUGAACAACCACACAUUGUAAUUACCACCCCUGGUCGAUUAGCUGAUCACUUGGAAAGCUGUAAAACUUUUAAUUUUAAGCGGCUGAGGUUUCUGAUAUUUUAUUCAUGGGAUUCUUUUUCUCUUUCUCUUGUUCAUAUUCAUUUUCUCUUACUUUUUUUCAUUUUCAUUUCUCUUUUUCUUUCAUACUUUUCUCUUUCACUCUGUCUCUCUCUCUCUCCCAUCUCCCUCACUUUCCCUUCUCUUUCCCAUCUCCCUCACUUUCCCUUCUCUUUCCCAUCUCCCUCACUUUCCCUUCUCUUUCCCAUCUCCCUCACUUUCCCUUCUCUUUCCCAUCUCCCUCACUUUCCCUUCUCUUUCCCAUCUCCCUCACUUUCCCUUCUCUCUUCCCUCCUCACUUUCUCCUCUCUCUCAUAUUCUUUUUCUCACUUUUUGAGUCUUUUCACUCUUUCAUUUUUCUCUUUCAUUCAUUCUUUUCUCUCCCCCUCCCACCCUCUCUUCUCCCUCACUUUCUCCCCUCUUUUCUCCCUCACUUUCUCCCCUCUCUUCUCCCUCACUUUCUCCCCUCUCUUCUCCCUCACUUUCUCCCCUCUCUUAUUCAUUCUUUUUUCUUUCAUUCUUUUUUUCUUUCAUUCUUUUUCUCUUCCAUUCUUUCUCUCAUUUUUUCAUUCUUUUUCUCUCUUUUUUUCAUUUUUCAUUUUUUAUUUUUUUUUAUUCUUCACUUUCUUUCCUUAUAUUUUAAUUCGGCUUUCAUUUUCUUUCUCUUUUUCCUCACUCUUUUUAUUCAUCAUUCUUCAUUUCUGCUUUACCAUCCAUUUUCCUUCUCACCAUUCCCUUCCCCAUUGCUCUCUCACCUUUCCUCCUUCGCUCUUCUCUCACCUUUCCUCCUUCGCUCCUCUCUCACUUUUCCUCCUCCGCUCCUCUCUCACUUUUCCUCCUCCGCUCCUCUCUCACUUUUCCUCCUCUGCUCCUCUCUCACUUUUCCUCCUCUCUCACUUUUCCUUCUCUCUCACUUUUCCUUCUCUCUCACUUUUCCUCCUCUUUUACCUUUCAUCCUUCACUCCUCUCUCACUUUUGCUCCUCUCUCACCUCUCCUCCUUUGCUCCUCUCUCACUUUUCCUCCUCUCUCACCUCUCCUCCUCCACUCCUCUCUCACUUUUCCUUCUCUCUCACCUUUCCUCCUCUUUUACCUUUCAUCCAUCACUCCUCUCUCACUUUUGCUCCUCUCUCACCUCUCCUCCUCCACUCCUCUCUCACCUCUCCUCCUUUGCUCCUCUCUCACUUUUCCUCCUCCGCUCCUCCCUCACCUCUCACUUUUCCUCCUCUCUUACCUCUCCUCUUCCGCUCCUUUCUCACUUCUCCUCCUCCGCUCCUCUCUCACCUUUUCCCUUCAUAUUUCUCCUUGUCCAUUUACUUUCUUUCAUUUUCUCUUUUUGUUCCUCCUUUUUUUUUUUCCCUAUUUUCUUCUCUUUCUCUCUUGCAUUUUUUUCCCUUUGUUUAUUUUUCUUCAUUACUUCAUUCUUUUCCUCCUCUUCUGUUCAUCCUUUUGUUUUUCUUCUCUUUUUCUCAGCAUCUUUUUUUCUUUUCACUUUUUCCCCCUUUUUCAUUCAUUCCUCCUUUACUUUCUCAUAA